AUGAAAUCACAGCAAGGAACAGCCGGACGGCGGCCUGCCUCCGUCGAUGCUCUCAGACGCCUGAAGACGAUAAAGGCGGGGCAAGCCGCGACGGCACAGAACGUGAGCUACAUCUCGGCCAUGGGCAGCGGCGUCAUCGCCAUCUCGGGUCUGAGCUAG